CGUGAAUAAAACCCUUGUUGGGGAAGGUCUCAGCCUUUAAAGAAAAAAAUGUCACUUCCAAUAGUGGCCUGCGCUCUUCUACUGGCGGCGUUGGCUUCUUCACAAUUUGCUGAUGGAUGCUACACUUCCAUUUUCGCUUUUGGCGAUUCCAUUACCGACACCGGAAACUAUUUUUCUUUAAUCUCCAAGGGACUUUUACAGUAUGAUGAGAUUCCCAAUUGCAGCGUUCCUCCCUAUGGGGAAACAUUCUUCCACCAUCCCACCGGCCGCUGCGCCGACGGCCGUCUAAUCAUAGAUUUCAUUGCGGAGCACUAUGGGCUUCCAUUUCUGCAGCCGUAUAGCGGUGGCGGAAAUGCUGCGAAUGGUGUGAACUUCGCGGUGGUUGGAGCUACAGUUCUCACAGAUGAUGUGCUUCAGACAAAUACUGACUCUGCCGACAAUAUCUCCUUGAUGUCUCAGAUCAACAUGUUCAAAACAUAUCUCCCAUCUAUCUGCAAAAAUACCUCAAGUUGUCACGAAAUAUUCGAAAAGUCAUUAAUAGUUUUUGGGUCUAUUGGAAGCAACGAUUAUGCUUCUGCCAUUUUGGUUAAGAGGGUUGAGGAUGCUUAUCGCCUCCAGCCUCUGGUUAUUAACGCUCUUGCAUCUGCAAUUGAGGAACUAAUUAAGCUAGGUGUUGUAAACCUCAUGGUGCCUGGGAUGAUGCCGGUUGGGUGCUUAGAUGGUUGUUUAGCAGUUUAUGAUGGUUCAAAUAAAGAAGAUUAUGAUCUGAUUACUGGUUGUCUCACUUGGCUCAACGAAUUUGGCCAAAAACAUAAUGAAUUGCUUCAAAAAGAGUUGUCUCGGAUUCAAGAACAUUAUCCUAAUGUUUUUAUUACCUAUGCUGAUUAUUACAAUGCUGGAUUAGAACUUUUUCUCUCCCCCAGCAAAUAUGGUUUUAACAAUGAAACUAGACUUAUUGCUUGUUGCGGAAGUGGAGGUCCAUACAACGCGGACAACGAUACAAAAUGUGGCUUUCCAUCCUCGCAGGUCUGCGAUGAUCCUUCAUCUUCUAUCCAAUGGGAUGGUGCACACUUGACAGAGGCAGCAAAUGAAUGGAUUGCCAAGGGAUUGCUAAGUGGGUUAUAUACUUUCCCAAAUAUUACCGCCUCAUGUGUUUCUUCUGCAAAUGGGAAUGGGGUUUAUGUCAAUUGAAUAACUACUUCACCCACCACUACUAAAUAAUCUUGUUGGGGAAUUAUGAUUGUUUGGACAUUGGAGUGAUAACAUUUGCUAUUAUGUUGGGAUUUUGGGAGCAUGAAAUUUAAUUUUCUGUUUAUGAUUUAGGCCCUUUUUAAUAACGUGUCUAUAUCUGCAGUUGACACAUUGUGUACCUGCAGUUGACAGUUAAUAUUCAUUAGGCUUGGCUCGUGUGGUAGCCUGAAACUUUAUACCCCAGAUUUGUUAUACUGAAUAUUUGGGUUUCCACGUAAAUCGUGCGUCUCCGUCUCUGCUGUUGACAUUUAUUUUUGGGCUAUUGUUUAUUAUCUCGUAUUUGUGCACAUGUUUGUUCUGUGACAUGACAUUUAUUUUUGGGCUAUUGUGUAUUAUCUUGUAUUUGUGCA